ACAAAAUGGAUGCGUCGCUCCAAUGACCGUCCAAAUCUUCACUACUGUGUCCAUCAAAUGCAAUACAGUAGAAAUUCCUGCAAUGACUUGGGGUUCCUCAUCCCACUGGGCUUAAAAGAGUCCGAUCCCCCUCCAGUCCCCUUCCUUGUGUAUUGCGAGUCUCGUGCUGACGCCGAGCGUAGUGCCGACUUCCUGAGGUCAAGAGUGUGCGCAUCCCUGAGAGAGAGAAUCGUCUGGGUGCAUUCUGGAAUGUCAGAUGAUCAUAAGUUGAUGGUGGUCAAAUCGUUUAAAGAAGGGAAUCUUAUUGGACUCACAAGUACGGAAUCAUUGGGACUGGGUCAUGAUCUAGCCAAUGUAACUCAUUUGGUUCAAUUUGGGCCACCAGAUAAUUUGAACACGUUAACUCAGCGCUUCGGAAGAGCCGCUCGGAAUCCGGACAUUUCAGCUGUUGUUAUCCUUCUCGCG